AUGUCGCCACGAUUCAGAAGAGGAGGACGGGGCAAGGCGCCAUUCACCAGCCAUGAUCAUGAGGCCGGACCUUCCCACCGGCGAACUCCAUCUGUUACCAUGAGCGCCAGUCCUCAAGAGGACUGGAGGACCUAUUUGGAGCCCGCGAGUCGAUCUGUCUCGCUAAGUUCGUCACCCUCUUACCAUCAUUCCUUUGGGCCGCAAUCGGAGAACGAGCCCGAAGAUUCACACCACUCUUACCUACCACUGCAGCGGUCGGGGUUGCACAGCGCAUUUCAAGACCCGACCCCGUAUUUCCAGAGCCGGUUUAACCCGGCAAAUCAGAUUGAAGAACCAAUGGGUCAUAACCCAUUGGGUCCUGAAGACCAUUUUCUUGAAGCUCAGGACAUGGAUAUGGAUGAUGACCCAGAUCCUGCCGAACCACCAUCUGGAACACCGACUCACCCCAUCGAGAUUUCGGAUGGAUCGUCUUUUCAUGGAUCACCUUAUCGUGGUCCAGACAGCUAUGAGGCAAGGUUUGCCCAAUACGACUGGGUGUUUACUCCCUCUUACAACCCAGCACCUCAGCAGCAGCAUGAUCCCUCGGAGGAUUCACGUUUUGUAGUGGUCACUCCACCGCCACCGCCGCCAGAGCAGCAGCCGCCCCCGGGGCCACCAAGGCGGAGAAGAUCAAACGCACAGAUGUCCGUGCAAGGGGGAUUCCGUUUCAGCACCCCUUAA